UAGGAAGUAGAUGGUUGUGUUUGAGAGUAAUUUUCUACGUAACCGUUGAACGAUCAAAAAAAAAAAUAAAAAGAAACGACAUAUGUACUCAAUUUCGUGUAAUUUGUUUUCGGGUUAACCUCUCUCGAAUGAUUUUCGAACGAUUAUAGUGUGAAUUACAUGUAUUAUCAGUGCGCGCGGUUUUCGUGAUCUUUUAACGUUAUCGUCGGAGUUAUUUACUAAUAAUAUAAAUUAGUAAUCUAAAUUUUCGGUGUCGGUGACAAUCAGUUCUUCGAAUAUUAUUUAGUGCUUCUUGGUGCUUAAAGUGUUAUUUUAAAAAUUAAAUAAAAUUUAAUUGAAAACAAUUUGAUUUGAUUUGAAACAAUUCAGUUCAACUCAUCGGAUAUUUUUAUCAAGGUGGAUAACAAACCUUUCACCACGUUGAACUUUACGGAUUUGGGUUCCCCUUUCGGGGGGCCCAAUGAGGAUCCACCGGGAACUCCGACGAUGUCCGCGGAGGGUCACAUAGGUCCUCCGACGCCCCACGAAAGUAAUAAUUCAACGCCGGUAUCAAAGAGUGCUUUCAUCGAACUUCAACAACACGGUUAUGGACCCCUUCGGACGUCGUAUCAACAUCACUUUAACUCACCAGCGGGAAAUGCUCACGGAGGACCUCCGGGUGCCCAUGAUACGGGUUUUCCGAGCCCUAGAGGUGCUCUUGGAGCUUAUCCUUUUCCACCUAUGCAUCAAAAUACGUAUACGGGAUAUCAUUUGGGAUCUUACGCGAGCAAUUGUCCACCAUCACCAAAAGAUGAUGAUAAAUGUUUAGCAUUGGAACGACAAACAUCAGGUAGUAAAGGAAAGAAGAUGAGAAAACCAAGAACGAUAUACUCGAGUCUUCAGCUCCAGCAAUUGAAUAGGCGGUUUCAGCGGACGCAAUAUCUAGCAUUACCAGAAAGAGCGGAACUGGCAGCGAGUCUUGGACUGACGCAGACACAGGUAGGAAAUUAAAUGUUUAUUGUAGUUUGAAAAAGAAGA